AAGCGAGGUCGGCGGGCUGGAGGAAGGGGAAGUGGCAGCGUCUUCCUCCAGCCGGGCGACAAGGGAGCGGCUCCGAGCGCGGCGCGACCAACUUUCCUUUACAGUAUGGCCAAGAAGCGGAUAGAGAAGGAAUUAAAGGACUUGCAACAAGACCCGCCAGCUCAAUGUUCAGCAGGUCCAGCGGGAGAUGAUAUGUUCGAUUGGCAAGCCACUAUCAUGGGACCUUAUGACAGCCCGUAUCAGGGAGGAGUUUUCUUUCUUGCAAUUCAAUUUCCUACAGAGUACCCUUUUAAACCGCCAAAGGUUGCAUUCACAACAAAAAUAUAUCAUCCAAACAUAAACAGCAAUGGCAGCAUUUGUCUUGAUAUUCUGCGAUCACAGUGGUCACCGGCAUUAACAAUAUCAAAAGUUUUGUUAUCUAUUUGUUCACUCCUAUGUGAUCCUAAUCCUGAUGAUCCACUGGUUCCAGAAAUUGCAAAAAUGUACAAAACAGAUAAGGAACAAUACAACAAGUACGCAAGAGACUGGACUCAGAAAUAUGCAAUGUAGAAUUGGUGUUGGAUAUACUGCAACCAUCCAAUAGAAGAAAGUGACAACACUAUUUGUUCCAAUUGAAACACAUGGAGUUCACAAUAAAUAUCCAUUGUGGGCGAUAAGUACUGUAAAUUUUCUUAAGUGCAAACAAAGUAUGAUUGUUUUCAAAACUACAAACUGUUCUUGCAGUAAUUGCUAAAUAAGCAAUGACGUUUACCAAUAAAAUUCCACAUAGUGGUGUUUUCUCUGUUCUGACAAGUGUUCCAGUGCUAAUUCUGAUUUGUUAUCUGGUACAACUGCUAAUUCUAUGCAUUUUGGGCUGGUAUUAAGUGUUUUGAGUCAGUUUUCUUUCUCUUUGCUGCACAUGUUCCAAGAUGUUGGUGAGAAAUACGGGGAUAAGCUGGUUGCCAACAAUGAUUUCAAUGUCAAAAACUGCACAGGUACAAAUGUUGGCCUGCCCAUUGUCUGUGCAUUCCAUUCACUUACUGGAAGUGAUGGAGGUGCAUCAGUCUCUUGUUCAGACAUGGAGUCAGUUUUUUUUUAAAUGUUGUGCAGUUGACCAAAUCACUCACCAAGCCUUGUACAAUGUUGCAUCAACCAGACGAUAACAGAUUGAAAAUUAUCUCUUGUAACCAUCAUAAUUAGAAUAGUAAUUUUCAAUCUGGUUUAAUGUCUUUCCAUUAGGAAUAGAAUUGUAUGUCUACAUGGUGCUGGCUUUUUCUAUUUAACGUAUAUAAAGUAUUACCUACCUCUGGUAGAAUGUAUUUUUCCUUGCCUAUUAUCCAUCUCACUGAUUACAAGAUUGUUUUGGACCCCCCUCUAAUUGGUUUGCCACACUUACUUGUGUUUAUCCAAUUUGAAAUAAAUUUGCUUUGUGAACGAUUUUGCAUUAAAUGGUAAAUUAAAUCACAGCCAAUUUUCCAAUUGCCUGGAUUCCUUAAGUUUGAACCAAUGCGUCAGAGGCAAUUUAACAACGAAUAUCUGGAUUAUUUAGAAUAUCGGUGAAAUCAUGUAUAAAAAUUUAUUUUGCAACCAAAGUGGAUGAUGCUUACUACAAACCUUGAAUCACAACUGAACUUCUGACUGUAUAGAUGUGACUAAAAAAUGCACCUUUUUCUCUAAGCUGAAGAACUGAAAUGCUGCACUUGUAAUUAAAACAGUUGGACUGUUUUGCCAGUGAUUUGUCUUUUGUUUUAAAAAAAACUUUUUUCUGUUUUGUCUGACUUAUUCAUCUUUACUGAAAUCUGCAGAAGUCUGUAUAUUAAUACAUAUUAUUUUGCAAGGUACGUAUCCUGUUUUGUGAUCCUUACCCUUCUCCAAAGCCAGUUUUGUUUUGCUUAUUUGAAAUAUUAACCCUGCCUUUUCAGUGUUUUAACCCACUGUCAGAAGCUCUAAAUUUGAAACCCUACCUUCCUGUCUCUCCACUAGACUGAGUGUUUCUAGAAUAUUUCAUUUUUGAUUUGAUUUCCAGAAUCUGUGUAUUUUGCUUUGUUCAGACUGAUGUUUCACAGGGGCUGGCCCACGAUGAACAAAAGCUGGAUUAGAUUGUCAAAUAGCCACUUUGAAGAAGACUUUAAGGCAGUGCCUGUAGGAGUUAGGUUUUUCAGUGAUAUCACUGGCUGAGAAAUGCAAAGCAAGAGAUGAAAAGGAAUUUCUUGUAAAAGAAACACGCGAGAGGGGCUUUUCUCCACUUCUGAGAACUCAUGGCUAAUUGUGCAUAUCUGUUUGAUUUUAAUUGUUAAAACCUAAAGCAAAGUUACCAGGCUUGUGCAACUUUCACUUUUUGUCCAAAUAAAAAUGUUCACAAAA